CAUAAAAAAACAGAAAAGAAAAAUCCACGUGUGCAAUGUCAGGUUCCCCAAAACUAGUGGAAGCUAACGCCGGCGGAACCCAAAAGGCCUCUUUUGCCACUACCAUCUCCAUUUCGCCCCGAGCAUAUUCGCCUCUCCAUGACUCUUCUUCUCGAACGCUUACAUUGCUCGCCACACUCCCACGUCUCCCCGCUUCCUACCUUCUCCAAAUCUUGACCCUUUCCCUAGAAAUACAUUCUGAACUCUGUAGCUUCUCCCAUCUGUUCUCCCUCUCUUCGCGAUGCCUGGCAUGGAGGUCCGCUUCCACGCCGCCAUCCUUCCUCGCAUCCGCCUCCCGGAUGAGCGAUACGUUCCACCCCUCUUCGCCGACGGAGGUCGCCUCUUCCUUGAACCCUGUGUCCCAGAUUCCGCAGUGACGAUGCCGGUUAGAUUGUGCCGUUCCUGCGGAAAGCCGGCUCCUUUGGGCGGGAUCAGGUGGGGAGGCGCUGUCGGGGACUGUUUCCUGUCGGUGAGCUUGUCGGUGAAAGGAAGCGAGGGUUUCGUGCGGGAGUCCGCGGGAUUCCUUGGGAAGGAGGUGAGGAGGUCGGAGGAGGCGGCGUGGGAAGGGAAGGAUGAUGGCGUAAUGGUGGUUUUGGAGGAGCAUGAGAAGAACAGGAUUAAGAACGAGAAUAUGAAUGGUAGAGUGCAGGGGGUGGGAGCCGGUGCAAUGAACACCACCAAGCAUCUCUGGGCUGGAGCUGUCGCCGCUAUGGUUUCGAGGACCUUUGUUGCUCCUCUUGAGAGGCUAAAGUUGGAAUAUGUAGUUUGUGGUGAACAGAGCAAUCUAUUUGCACUCCUCAUAUAUUGAUAUUGUGGUG